UGGUACAAAAGGAGCGACAUAAGAGAAUCUCUCUUUAUUUUCAUUUUCUCUUCUCUUUGUCUGUCACUCUCUCUAAAUUCAUCAUCAAAACCCUGUUUGGUUUUGUGUGCUCGGAGGAAUUCUUUCAACGAUUCCCUUACGAUCUUCAUAAGGUGUUAGAAACGAACUUCAGUUGCUAGCACAAUAAAUUAAUGGAAGAGGACACUCAAGCAAUCAAAGUGACAACAGUGGUUGACGAUACCAAGGGCGUGAAGGUAGGAGGAGAUGAAAGAGAGAUUAUUACAAAUGGAGAUUUACUGAAAAAGGAAACAGAAGGAAACAAAGAGCAAGAAGAAGAAACUUCAUUAGAAGGAGAAUUUAUAAAAGUGGAGAAAGAAUCAUAUGAUUUGAGAGAUGCUUCACCUGCAGCUGACCAAGUAUCUGAAACAGUUCAUGAACAUAAAAGACCAGCUUUCUUUCCAAGAAGCACAAACAUUUCAGAUGAAAGCAGAGAGAUGGUAGAAGAGUUAGAAAAGAUCAAAGAACUGGAGCUGGAAUUGAAGAAAAUGGCUGGAGACUUGAAACAUUCUGAAUCCGAGAAUGCGGACCUGAAGGAGGAAAUUCUUGUUACCAAGGAUAUGCUACAGAAAAGGGGAAAACAGUGCGAGGAACUUGAACUUAAUCAAAAAAAGUUGCAGGAACAAAUCAUUGAGGCCGAGGAGAAAUACAACUCACAGCUCAAAACUCUCCAAGAAGCAGUGGAAGCUCAAGAAAUGAAGCAUAAGGAGCUUCUCGAUGUCAAAGAAUCAUUUGACGGUCUCACAAUUGAGCUCGAUAACUCAAGAAAGAAGAUGCAAGAAUUGGAGCAAAAUCUUCUUUCUUCAGCCAGCGAGGUACAGAAGUUUGAGGAGCUGAGUAACAAGAGCGGUUCACAUGCUGAAUUGGAGACCAAAAGAGCCGUAGAGUUUGAGAAAUUGCUCGAAUUGGCAAAAUUGAGUGCAAAAGAAAUGGAAGAUCAGAUGGCUUCUCUGCAGCAAGAACUCAAGGACCUUUAUGAGAAGAUUGCUGAAAACCAAAAAGUAGAAGAAGCACUUAGGAGUACUUCAGCGGAGCUUUCCACAGUUCAAGAGGCAUUAGAGGUUUCCAAAUCUCAAGCUCUAAAUUUGGAGCACAAGCUUCAAUCCAAGGAAGCUGUGGUAGAUGAACUGAGCAAAGAUAUUGUUGCCCUUGAAAAUUUAUUCUCUCAGGCCAAACAAGAUCUUCAGUCAAAGGUUGUCGAGUUGGAAGAAGUUACGUUGAAACUGCAGGAAGAGGUGACAACAAAAAAGCUGGUGGAAGAAAGAGUCAAGAUUGAGGAAGAACGUGUCUCAACUGUGCAAGAGGAACUGGCCAGAAUAAUCACACAGAAAGAAGAUCUAGAAGCAGCGGUUGUAGAUCUUAAUGGUAAUGUAUUUCAAUUAAAGGAGUUAUCUAGUGAUCUGGAGUCAAAGUUGAAGGUCUCGGAUGAAAAUUUCAGCAAGGCCGAUACACUUCUUACUCAAGCUUUGGCAACUACUGAGGAGCUUGAGAAGAAAUUGAAAUCUGUAGAAGAUCUGCAUCAAGAAUCGGGAGUUGUCGCUGCUAGCGCAACACAAAAGAACGUUGAACUUGAGGAUAUUUUGCGAGCUUCAAAUGCAGAAGUAGAAGAAGCGAAAUCACAACUGAGAGAGAUUGAGACAAAGUUAAUUUCUUCCGAACAAAAGAAUGUGGAGCUUGAGCAGAAGAAAAACCAGAUGGAGCUAAAAAUAGAAAAUGCUGAAAGAGAACUCAACUUAUUGUCUGAAAAAAUAGCUGAUACUGAUGCCACACUUAGAGGAGCCCAGGAAGAAAAAUUUCAGCUGGAGAGUAAAAUUCAAGAUUUUGAAGAGAAGGUAGCCGAACUGAAAUCUUCUCUGGAUCAGUCGUCUCUGAAAAAUUCUGAGCUCCAAAAGGAGUUGAGUGAGUUCUCUGUGAAAUGUGCAGAACAUGAGGGUCGAGCCAAUUCGACCCAACAGCGCAGCCUUGAAUUGGAAGACUUGAUGCAGGUAUCUCAUACUAAAGCCGGGGAUGCCAUCAAAAGGGUAGGUGAACUGGAAAUUCUACUAGAGGCAGAAAAGUACAGGAUCCAGGAAUUAGAAGAUCAGAUAAAAACUUUAGACACAAAAUGUAUUGAAAAGGAAGCAGAAUCUAAGACAUUGAUGGAAAAAAUAUCUGAACUUUCAGAAGAACUAGAGAUAUUCCAGACUAAAUCGAGAAGUCUUGAAGUUGCUCUGCAAACGGCAAAUGAAAAAGAGAGAGAAUUGACCGACUGCUUGAAUGUGAUCAAAGAAGAAAGGAAAACUUUGGAGGAUUCCUCUAAUAGUUCAAGCAAGAAGCUCUCAGAAACCGAAAAUCUGCUAGAACUAUUGCAAGACGAAUUAAAAUUGGCCCAUGAAAAAUUGGAGAGCGUCGAAAAUGAUCUCAAGACCUCUGGAAUUAAAGAGUCUGAGAUCGUGGAGAAGCUUAAAUCUACUGAGGUGCAGUUAGAAGAACAGUCAAGAGUACUAGAGCAAACUACCACAAGAAACUCAGAGCUGGAAUUGCUGGUAGAAUCUCUGACCAAAGAUUCAGAGCUAAAGCUUCAAGAAGCACUGAAAAGUCUUGCAGAAAGGGAUUCAGAAGCUAAAUCCUUGUGUGAGAAAAUUAAGAUUCUUGAAGAACAGAAGAAGUUUUUCGAAGACGAGGCAGCUGAGACAGCAGAAAGAUCAGCAUCUCUUAAGGCGGAAUUGGAUGACAGUUCAAUGAAAUCGAUUUCUCUUGAAAGCACCAUUGAAGAACUCCGUAGCAAGAUCCUGGAAGCAGAAGAGAAAUUUGAUCAGUCUCUGUCAGAAAAUGAACUAUUAGCUGGGACAAACCUGCAACUUAAAUACAAAGUUAACGAGCUUGAGGAAUUGCUACACUCAGCUCAUGCUGAGAAGGAGGCCACAUCUCAAAAGUUGGCUUCUCACAUUAAUACAGUUGCUGAAUUAACAGACCAGCACACUAGAUCCUUUGAACUACACUCGGCAACUGAAUCACGGGCCAAGGAAGUUGAGACGCAGUUACAAGAGGCUCUUGGGAGAAUCACAGAGAAAGAUUCGGAAGUUAAGGAGUUGAAGGAGAAGCUGAACGAGUUUGAUAUCCGAGUAAGAGUCCAUGAAGAACAAGCUAAUGAAUCAUCUGCGGUUGCUGAAAGUCUAAAGGCGGAACUAGAAGAGGCUCUUUUGAAAUUCAAAUCAAUGGAAAGUAGCACUGGAGAGUUGCAAACCCGAUGUGUUGAGUUUGAAAAGGAGUGUGAAGCGUUAGCUGAGAAAAGUUUUAAGCAGACGCAAGAACUCGCCGAAUAUGAGGGCAAAAUGAGCGACCUGCAUAACAAAGUGUCUGCGACUGUGGUAGAGAAAAAUGAAGCAGUAGAAGAACUUAACUCUUUGAAGACGAAAAUUGAAGAUUUGACCCAAGAAUUGGCAACUCAUGCAGAAAAGCUACACUCAGCUCAUGCUGAGAAGGAAGCCACAUCUCAAAAGUUGGCUUCUCACAUUAAUAUGGUCGCUGAAUUAACAGACCAGCACUCUAGAUCCUUUGAACUACACUCAGCAACUGAAUCACGUGCCAAGGAAUUUGAGACGCAGUUACAAGAGGCUCUUCAGAGAAUCAUAGAGAAAGAUUCGGAAAUUACGGAGUUGAAGGAGAAGCUGAACGAGUUUGAUAUCCGAGUAAGAAUCCAUGAAGAACAAGCUGGUGAAUCAUCUGCUGUUGCUGAAAGUCUAAAGGUACAACUUGACGAGGCUCUAUUGAAAUUCAAAUCAAUGGAAAGCAGCACUGCCGAAUUACAAACCCGAUGUGCUGAAUUCGAGAAGGAGUGUGAAGGGUUAGCUGAGAAAAAUUUUAAGCAGACGCAAGACCUUGCUGAAUAUGAGAGCAAAAUGAAUGACGUGCAUACCAAAUUCUCCGCGACUGUGGUAGAGAAACAUGAAGCAGUAGAAGAACUUAACUCUUCAAAGAAGAAAAUUGAAGAUUUGACCCAAGAAUUGGCAACUCAAGCAGAAGAGCUACAAUCUCAGAUAGCUUCAGUUAUGAAAGAAAACAAUAUGAUCCAUGAAACAUAUGAAAAUACAAGAAAGGAACUUGGAGCAGUCAUAGCCCAAAUGGAAGGACAGCUGAAUGAACAGAAGGCAACAGAGCACACUCUAAAGCUUGAGGUGGAAAAUCUCAAGAUUGAGCUCUCUGAGAUGACUGUGUUGCUUGCUCGUGUGGUGGAACUCGAGCAGCAAUUGACAUCGGCUGAGAAUCGUCUAAAAGAAGAGGUUGGAAACGUUCAUAUGGUGGCAGCUGAAAAAGAGGCAGAACUUACAACCAAAUUGGAGGAGCAUGUGCACAAGCUCCAGGAUAGAGAUAUUUUGCAUGAGAAAGUAAUGCAGCUUCAAGAAGAACUACAUGUUGCUCAUUCCACCAUUGCAGAACAGAAAGAAUCACACACAAAAUUAGACUUUGAAAGAGAAUCUUCUGUGAAAAGCACACUUGAAGUUCUUGAAGACAAGCAUCAACAAGUUGGACUUCUGGAGAAACAAAUUGAAGAACUGGAGCAGAAACUACAACUUGCUGAUACAAAAUCUCUACAAAAGCAGGAUGAAGCGAUAAAGAAACAUGAAGGAGUCUAUGAGGAAUUAGAAAAUCUGAAGAAGAAAUCGAUCCAGAUUUCUGAACUAGAGAAGAAAAUCGAAGAACUUGAGAGCAAACUGAAGUUGGCAGAGACAAUCUCCAAAGAUAAGAAUAAGGAAGGAAGCUCAAUUGAGUCAAAUGACGGGAUAGAGGUGAAAUCAAGAGACCUAUUCGAUUCAUCAUCAAUGGUCUCCUCGUCUCUAUCAAAAAGAAAGAGCAAGAAGAAAUCAGAAGCAACAUUAUCUGCUACUGCUGCUCAAACCGAGUCUGCUUCAACACAGUCUAAACAUGAAAUCUCUCCAGCUCUGACUCUUCAGUUCAUCUUCGGUGUUGCUAUUCUCUCUGUUUUCCUUGGCAUUUUUCUUGGAAAACGUUACUAAUAAGCUUGGUGUUUAGUAUUCUCUUGGCCCUAUAAUUUUUGGUUUCUGUUGUUGAUUUUUGCACAGCAAUGAAAAGCUUGUUGUUAGUGUGGGAGUGAUGAGUUUAAGGUCCUGAAGUUGGUAUGGGAAUUUGUUUUUAGUCAUUCCCUAUACCUGUAUACAAUUGUUGUCUGAGGUUCAAGUUUGUAUCUAAAAAAUUCUGUAUUGCAGUAAAGACUUUGAAAUUGCUAUGUUCAUGUGGCUCUACUAUGUUUC